CAGACAAAACACUUCACCUACAUAUCACCUACAUGACUUAUAUAACUUGAUAAUGGUAAACUAGCUAAUCUAUAAUAUAUGCCAAAAUUUUUGAAGUAGUCAUCCCUCAAUAUGAGCAACCAUACUAGCAAUCAUAAUACUCGGCGGCCUAUGCAACGUCCCAACAAUUCACAUGCACGGUAUGGCAACAGCCAUACAUUCAAUAUGGAUAUCAUACCUCCACCAUCUAGUCCUUUUCUUCCUACCUCGAAUGAAAGUUUUGCUUUUGAUCCAUGGUUGUGGUCGCUGCAAGAUACGAUUUUGAGUUUACCUCCCUCCAUUAUGAGUUUCCGACGACCUCGUAUGCAACUUCUAGUCUUUCACAACAAUUUGGCAGAGGAUCCAAAUUUGAGAUUAAGACCUAUGGAUCAACCGCGGAGACAAGAUUCUGAAUUAACUCCUGAUGAGCAAAGGAGAGUUUUCAACCAGCUAAAGAAAGAGAUUUACAAUCCUAUUCCCAAAAAGAUAAUACAAAGAUUAGGUAAAUUUUAUAAACAAGGCGAAUCUAAGGGACCGAAAAAUGAUAAACAAGUGUUAGAAGACGACGACGAUGAUGAUAAAAAGUGUGUCAUUUGCUUAGAAGACUUUGAAGUAAAAGAAGUGGUGAUGGUGACACCAUGUAACCAUAUGUUUCAUGAGCAAUGUAUCUUGCCAUGGGUCAAAAGCCAUGGCAAAUGUCCUGUUUGCAGGUUCUCUUUUCGUGAAAGAUUAAUUUGAAGGCACUCAACCAUCAUCCGCAAACAACAAUAACUUGGCUAGCUAGUGAUCGGAUAACAAAUGACUUGGUUCCCUUAGCAACAUCUAGGGGUAGUUCUACAACUAUCGAGCCAUUUUGGUUUUAAAAUUUAUUAUCUUUGGUUCUAGCUUUGCUAAGCUUUCUCAAGUCGUAUGAAGUGGAAAGCGUGUGGACACUACUUCUAUGUAACAUCAUUAUUUUGGUU